CAAUUCCUUAGCAUUUAAUACACUUGAUGGUUAUUUUGCAAUUGCAUAUAUGGAUUUUGUAGGAUCUAGCAUUCCAAAUAAUUCAACAUACAACCCUAUAGAUCCAGUGAUGUCCUUAUAUGUGACUAUUAUGAAAGACGGCUUUAAUCAACAGAUUUUGAUUUUUCAAUCUUAUGAUAAGAUGUUAAAAAGUGCUAGUAUACUUAAUUGUCAAGCAGUUACAAAAUUUAUUAAAUUUUCAACAUCUGGUUCUGUUAUCGAAACGGGCACUGUACGAUCUAUUAGUUCCUCAAAUCUUACCUCAGCCCCUGGCUCUAUUAUCCAAACUACCUCUGCAAAUUCUAUUAGUUCCUCAAAUCUUUCCUCAACCCCUGCCUCUGCAAAUCUUACUAAUUCGUCUUUGGGAAUUUUUGGUGCUGGUGCAAUAUUUAUGCCACUAAAAUUUGGUGGCUAUAUUUAUUAUAACAAUGUGCCUGAAGAACCUAUAUACAUUUGUGAUAUUAUUAAUUCAUGCGAUUCCUUUGAAGUUCCAGAAAAUACUCAGCUACGUGAUUCUGGUGUUUUUGAUAAUAACACUGUUUGGCUUGCUAUGGAAGUCCCUCUUUCACAAAAUUCGUUUAUAAGCACCAAAGAUGCAACACAAUUUAUUAAAGAUUAUGGUUUUGAUAAUCCUGCAAUUGUAUCUACUCGACCAGAACAAAAUGCAACAUUGACAUCUCUUUCCUCUAAUAAUAUGAAUAUCAAUAUUACUUUUUUCACUCCAAUUGUUUUAUCAACUGGAAAUCUUACUAUUUAUCAAGUCAUCAAUGAAUCUAAUUACUUAUUACGUCAAACUUAUCCUGCAUUAAAUUGCACUUUAAUUCCGGAUAGUAAAGGAGUAUUAUGUAAAGUCUUGUCAAGUACUUUUAAUAGAAUAGAUAGCAUAUACACCAUUGUUUUAGAUAAUAAUUUUGUUCAAACUCUAUCAUUUAAUGAACCAUUAAAUGGGAUCAAACGUGAUAUUUGGCAUGUUAAGACUCCAGAAUGCAACAUUCCUAUUAAUAGUGAUAGGUUAUAUUUGACAGGAAGUAUUCAACCAGACUCUUCUCGUACAAAGAUUUUAGUUGAAUUUUCAGUUAUAAAAGCAACGGAUCCUUCAAAUGAGCCAAGUGUACAAGAUAUCAUAAAUGAUUUAAAUAAUAUGAUUAAAAAUAAAGACACAA